AUGCAAGCGGCAGCUCUUGUUUUUGAAUUCGUUCCCCUUGAUGUCGUCUUCUGCCUGAACGAAGUCGGCGAUGUGAAGACCAGAUUAAAUGCCAUUUCCAACUUAUAUUGUCUGACCUACGACUAUGUACAGGGAUUUACGAAGGUCCAAAGCAUAAGAAAUCGGCAUAUAGUCAAGCAACUUAGUGAAAACAUCAAUUAUUUCCUCCUGUUUUUACAACAGUUACUUGAGGACUCCAACGUCCACGUCGUUAUCACAACACUUAACAUUAUACAAAUGCUAGUUGAAAACCUCCCCAAGGCCGUUCUGAAGCAAAAUCGAGAAACCCUUGUCUCCACGACACUCAAGCUACUGGGCGAUCAAAAGAAUGUCAUCUAUCAGAGCAUUGUUGAUACGUGUCUUUUGUUGCUCAACGUGCUGCCGGGCCGAUUUGUAAUCGACUGCCUCGUGGAUGAAGCAGCCAGCAAACAAGCAAACGUUUGCCAAAAUGCCCUAGGUGUCCUGAAGUCUCUUCUGAUUCAAAUUUCCGACUCGGAUCUCGAUCACUAUGAACUCUGUCGAAAACUAGCUACAACAGUCUUCGACGUAAACCCCCAGGGAGUUCCGGUUUCCGCUGAGCAAACGGAUAAAACUACGGCCAUACUCUGCUUGCAGCAGCGUCUUGCCUGGUACGACCUCCCCUGUCCUGUUUUUCAGGACAGUAUUCUACUGCCUGGACAAGUUAAUCCCGCUAAUUACUUCGUGAGAUCGAAUUAUUUUGAUAACGGUGAACUCAAAUGCAGUAACAUCUACCGUCUGACAUUUCCAGAGCUCAAGAAACAGUUUUAG